AUGCAUUUCAGCAGGGCCGAGAAGAAGGAUCGUCAUGAUGGAGUCUGCUGGCGGCUAAAGGCAGAAAGCUGCUGAGAUUUGGGCUGAAUAACGCGUGAGACGUUCAUGUUCCUGCAGAGCGGAGCUUCACGGAGGAUUCGGACCGGUUCAUGAAAGACACCUAGGCCGCUUCGCUGCGGAGAUCCUCGGUUUAGCUGGUCAUCAUGGCGACGGACAUCGGCUCGCCACAGCGGUUCUUCCACAUGCCGCGCUUCCAGCACCAGGCGCCACGACAGGUGUUCUACAAGAGGCCAGACUUCGCCCAGCAGCAGGCCAUGCAGCAGCUCACCUUCGACGGCAAGCGCAUGAGGAAGGCAGUGAACCGCAAAACCAUCGACUACAACCCCUCCGUCAUCCGAUACCUGGAGAACCGGCUGUGGCAGCGCGACCACCGAGACUUCAGAGCGAUUCAGCCCGACGCCGGCUGCUACAACGACCUCGUCCCUCCUGUUGGCAUGCUGAAUAACCCCAUGAAUGCCGUCACGACAAAGUUCGUCCGAACCUCCACCAACAAAGUGAAGUGUCCGGUGUUCGUCAUCAGGUGGACUCCUGAAGGCCGCCGACUGGUGACCGGAGCCUCCAGUGGGGAGUUCACUCUGUGGAACGGACUCACCUUCAACUUUGAGACCAUCCUACAGGCCCACGACAGUCCUGUUCGGGCGAUGACGUGGUCUCAUAAUGACAUGUGGAUGCUGACAGCGGACCACGGCGGCUACGUUAAGUACUGGCAGUCCAACAUGAACAACGUCAAGAUGUUCCAGGCUCACAAGGAGGCCAUUAGAGAAGCCAGUUUCUCUCCGACUGAUAAUAAAUUCGCCACCUGCUCAGACGACGGAACUGUCAGGAUCUGGGACUUUCUGCGCUGCCAUGAGGAGAGGAUCCUGAGAGGCCACGGUGCUGACGUCAAGUGUGUCGACUGGCAUCCAACCAAAGGCCUGGUGGUGUCAGGCAGCAAGGACAGCCAGCAGCCAAUCAAAUUCUGGGACCCUAAGACGGGACAGAGUCUGGCGACGCUGUAAGUUAAUCAGGAAACUGAUUGUCCAUUUAUUAGCCCUCCAAUAAAUGCAAACACAACCACAUGUUCCUUCAUUGUGGUUCAUGAUUCUCUGCAACGUCAAGUCCUGCAGCUCUGUGGAACCAGAACAUGAAGGAGGAGACAGAACUCUGGACAUCUUCUGGACUCAGUUAGAAUGAUGGAUACCAGAGAGAAGAAAUGUUUGAUUACCUAUUUCACAAAAAAUGUGUAAAACCUGGAACCAUAAUGUUCCAGAUGUUAAACCCUGGAGCUCAUGUUGUCUCCUGGUCCUGCAGAUGUUGAAGUAUCUCCAUGUUCCAGACUUUCCUCUCUGUUCAUCAGCCGUAGAAAGAUGUUCCAC